ACAUAUCACUCUCUUAUCGGAGCUGUUCUGUUUUCUUCUGGAUAAGGAGUCCUUUGCUUGAACAUGUCUUUUUAUCAACAAUCUUCUCAGAUAAUGAGCACUGGAAGCAUGAAUGCUGGUGCUGGUGGAUACUGUGGUGUGGGUGGUAGUGGUGGUGGCUUUGGCCAAGUAGGUGGUGGAUUUGGCCAAGGUGGUGGAUUUGGCCAUGGUGGUGAUGGAUAUGGCCAGGGUGGUGGAUUUAGCCAUGGUGGUGGUGGAUAUGGCCAAGGUGGUGGUGCAGAUGGCUUUGGCCAUGGUUUUGGUCAAGGAGCUGGAGGUUUUGGGGCUGGAGGAGCAGGAGGCUUUGGUGGUGGUGCUGCCGGGGGAGGUUAUGGUGGUGGUGCAGGUGGUGGUUAUGGAGGUGGUGAUGGGCUUUCCAACAUGAAUGAGAAACAAACUAUGCAGAACCUUAACGACCGCUUGGCUACUUACCUGGAUAGAGUCCGACAGUUAGAGCAAUCAAAUGUUGAUCUUGAACAAAAGAUUAAGGACUUCCUAGAGAAGCAAAGAGGUGGUAGCAGCAAAGGAGAACCAGGAAAAGACUACUCCCCUUACUUUAAGACCAUUGAAGACCUGAAGGUUAAAAUUAUUGCAGCCUGCAAAGAUAACCAUACCAUAGUUUUGCAGAUCGACAACGCCAGAUUGGCAGCAGAUGAUUUCAAGCUGAAGUACGAAAAUGAACUUGCUAUGCGCAAAUCAGUAGAAGCCGAUACUGCUGGCCUACGCAAAAUAGCAGAUGACCUGACCCUGUCCAAAACUGACCUGGAAUCUCAGUUUGAAGGCCUUACUGAAGAAAUUGCUCUUCUUAAGAAGAACCAUGAGGAUGAGGUUAAAGGACAAACAGGAACCACUGUUGGUGAUGUCAGUGUAGAAAUGAAUGCUGCUCCAGGAACUGAUCUUCUAAAGAAAAUGAACGAACUCAGAGAGCAGUAUGAGGCUUUGGCUGAGAAAAAUCGCAAGGAGGCAGAAGAUCAAUUUAAGAAAAAUAGUGAAGGUUUGAAGAAGGAAAUAGUAGUUGGACAACAACAAGUGUCGACCACUAAGAGUGAGAUUUCUGAAUUAAAGAAGUCACUUCAAGCCUUGGAGAUUGAGCUUCAGUCACAACUUGCCAUGAAAAGAUCUCUAGAAGAAACCUUAGCACAAACAGAAGGACAAUACUGUGCAAAGAUUGCCCAGCUCCAGAAUCAGAUUCUUGCCAUUGAGGAGCAACUGGAACAUAUCAGGGCAGAGAUAGAGUGCCAGACUGCAGACUAUGAUAAUCUGCUGGAUGCCAAGACAAAAUUAGAGAGCGAGAUUGCAAUAUACCGCAAACUCUUGGAUGACAGCAACAGUGUUCAAGGUGGCUCAACAAGCACACAAAAAGGAACAACAUCGACGACCACUUCUACGACCACGCCAGCAUCCCAAGGAAGGAAAUAAAACACACCGUGGACACUGUAAGGAAUGGAAGAGAUUGGGACUGCUCAAGCAAACUGGAAGCCUUUUUUUUUUAUAUAUCACUCUGUCCUUUAAAAUAUAUACUAUUUCUUUGUCCUUCACAAUUGUAUUGGGAUGGAAACACACCGAUACUGUUUUUUUCGGUAACACAGUACACAAGACGAAUGGCGACGUGUAAAGUGCUCUUACUCAAACAAGCAAAGAGAAUUCAAUUAAGAAACAAUAGUGAUUGAUUUUUGUGAAUGUUUUAUAGUCAGAUGGAGUAUAUUAACAAAAGUUGUUGUAUACUUAUUUAUCUGGAAUCAGAAUAUUGUUCUGUUUUAUUUUGAUGGGAACAACUGAUAUUUAUAAGAAUAAUCACAUUAUUAUCAAGUUCAUAUAUGUGUGAGCCAACAUUCUCCAUCUCCCAGUGAUGUGAACAACAGCUGUGUUGCUGUCACCAGUGUCUUCUGUACAUUAAGGACUUUUUUUCUUGCUUUGCACAACUUACAAAAUAAACUUUUCUUAUGCAA